AUGGCCGCCGUGAUCAUCGUGCUACACGUGUACGAGGAUAGGCCGCUUUCAGAUUGGUCUCAUGACGUCUCUCUCAACGCAGUCAUCUCCACUCUAGCCCUGGUGUCCAAGGCGUGUCUACUCACCGUCACGGCGUCCUGCAUCAGCCAGCUCAAGUGGGCGAGGUUCACCAACCACAAACGGCGGUUGAUCGAGCUUGAACUGUUCGACGCAGCCGCGAGAGGUGUGAGCGGUUCCUUGCGUAUGAUGAUCACCCCGACAUUGUGGCAUAUGGCUUUGGUGGGUGCUUUCGUGACGGUGGCCGCGAUCGCCAUAGGACCUUUUACGCAGCAAGCUGUUACCUACCCCUUGCGCGCUGUUGUCACAUCGACCGCCACCGUACAACGGACUCAAACAUAUCGGAACUCGGCACCUGGAGACGUUCUGGUCCUCAAAGACGUUCCUCUGACAAUGAAGGCAGCAGCCUAUAGUGCUCUGUUCGAUCCGAGCACCGCUACGACGCGUGCAUCGACGGUCACUCAGUGCAGUACUGGGAAUUGCACUUUCCCCGCGUACACGUCGCUAGCGGUGUGCAGCAAAUGUGUGAAUGUGACUCGGUUGGUGGCUCGCAAUGGUUGCACUGGCUCCGGGUCCAGUAUCCGGUGUAGCAGCUAUACGCUGCCAAACCAGCUUCUGCUUCAAGGCGACCUUCAAGGCGACGGCGGACUGAUCAAUAGCUCCUCGACCGUGACGCCCCACCAAGAGGUGGUGGAAAACCUCGGUUCCAGCUUGACCAACCUCUCCAUCAUCGUGUCCCGGGCCCGUUACGGUAUAACACCUGAUGAUAUCCGAGCCUAUGACUGUAGCAUCUACUUUUGCUUGCAGAAGUACCAAACGGAUCUCCGAAAUGGCGUGUUCAAAGAAGGGGUCAUUGACGAAUACGUUUCUGACGUACCUUACGGGAGCUCGACCCUCGACUACAAUAUCACUGCUCCCUCAGCCUUCGUUGCCGCAGAGGAGCAGACCAACUUCACGGUGAGCGCCUUCAGCUUUCGCGCGGUAGCAACGUAUCUUCGGACACUGCUUGUCGGGGAUGCUGUUGGUGCUCUCGGGGAGGCCUCGUACACCUCAGAUACAAUGAACGCUUUGUACAACUCAUUGUCUUCCGCUGAAAAUGGCACCACCAUUCUUGAUGCAUUAGCAACAAGCAUGACAGCAGAGAUCCGCACAAACCCAGGUGCGGAAUCGAACGGUGCGCUCGCAUUGGGGACAGCCACGCAGGACACCACGUACAUCCACGUGCGGUGGGCAUGGCUCGCUCUGCCUUUGGCGCUGCAGGCUCUCGCGCUCUUGCUGUUGGCUCUGACGAUGAUUUCGAGCACCCGCAGUGGGACUCCGAUCUGGAAAUCUUCUCUGCUCGCCGCUUUGUUCCUAGGACCUUGCGGCAAUGUCUCGCAGAGGCCGGAACCUCAACAUUCCACCUCAGGGCCCAACAGCAAUGUCUCCUCGAGUGUCUGCACCCUGAAAGAAAUGGAAGAAAAGGCCAAAGCGAUGCGGGUGCGCCUUUCGCGUGAUGAGAAUGGCGAGUUGCGCCUACAGUAG